AUGUCAAAGUUACUAGAGACAUAUGGUAACAAAGCAAUGAAUUUGGAUGGUAUGUUGGCUACCAAUAUCCAAUCAUUGGGUUACUUUAGAGAUUUAUAUUUCGAGGCACUACAAAACAAAACAAAACAAACAAAAUCUAGCUAG